AUGUCCUCCAAGGAGCUUUAUAACGUCGUCAGACUCGUCCCUAAACCAGGCAAAUUCAACGAGGUCGCAGAAGCAUUCAGGACGCUUUCGAAAUACGUCGAGGAGAACGAACCCAAAACCCAAAUCUACUUUGCGCUUCAGCCGCAGGGAACUGAGGAGUUUGUUCUUGUUGAGAAAUACACUGACUCCCAGAACCUCAAGGAGCAUGCGUCCACGGCGGCGUUCAAGCAGUUUUCAAAAGCAAUUGGUGGAUGGUUAGCCCAGGCGCCUGAGAUCAAAAGGGCAGGUUUUGUCGCUGGGUUUGACGGGAGGACUAAGGCAAAGCUUUAG